AUGUCGACGAAACAUUUGCGGCGAUAUUUACAAGAAAAGGCAAUUAUAGAGGAGAAAUCACUAGUCCGCGAGGUGGAGGAAAGUUCGGCAAGUGAGGAAGAAAGGUUGGGAUCAUUUGUAUGCAAUAGAUAUGAGUUCCUUGAAGAAUCUGAAGAAGGAGGGGACGAAAGUUCUGGGGUAGUUGAAGAAUUGCCGGUAGAGAAGAGCUCCGAAAAGAAGGAAAAAAAAAUAAUAAAGAAGAAAAAGAAAGGAAAGAAAAGAGUGCAUUGUACGGAUACAGACAAUGAUUUAAACAUUUUGGAUCUCCCUCCGUCAGAAACUCAACUUCCCAAACUCAAUGAUAUAAUCUUUGAAAGAGAUUUAUUUAAGGUUGACAGUAGAAUGCUGAAUGUGGAGAAUGAGUUACGAUCAAUCCUGGGUCGAAGAAGUACAGAUACAGUUCAACGUGGACGAAUGGUUUUUGGCAAGAUAGUGAAGAAGAAACCAACUUGGCCAGAAGUCAAAAAUGUUGGUCUAUCAAUGGAACUAGAUCGCAGCGAGAGUAAUAUAUUUUGGUUCAAAUUUUCGCACCACGCUUAUUAUCGUGAAUUGCAGCAAACUUUCUGGAUAGCAUCAGAAUCACUCAAUCAUAAUUUGAUAUCGAAUAUUUUGACACAAUGUCCAUACCACUUAGACAGCCUUCUUAUUAUGGCGGAACUGUUGAGACAGCAAGAAGAUUAUCAGUUCUCACGUGAUUUAAUUGAACGUGGGUUGUUUUGCUGUGAAAGUGUAUUUGCCCCACGAUUUCAACUGAACAACUUCGAUCAUCGCAUCGAUUAUGUUAAUUUCGAAAAUCGAGCGUUUUACUUGUUGCUUCAUCGGCAUUUGCGAAAUCUUGUAGAUCGUCACUGUUUCAAAACGGCCCUUCAUGUUUCUAGACUUAUAUAUCGUCUGGAUCCUGUGUCGGAUCCACUUGCCAUAAUGCUUACCAUCGAUAUGAUUGCUUUGAAAGCACGGGAGUAUAAUUAUCUAAUUCUUCUGUACAAUACACUACAAGCCUCAAAAAACUUGGAUAGACUUCCAAAUUUCGCUUAUUCCAUCGCCCUUGCCCAUUUUUUUCUCUUUUGCGAAAAUGGAAAAGCUGAAGAGAAAGAAAUUGCCGACUUUAUGAUUGCUUCGGCUAUUCGGCAUUUCCCAACGGUGCUACUUAAACUUUUAGAUGCAAUGAAUGUGGAGCCUGAUCCAACAGUAGAAAAUAAUGAAUAUAUGAGUGCAUUAGCCCAUGAAAGAGAAAGUGAAGGAAUAAAACUGCUUAUAUCAAUAUAUGUGAAGCUGACAUCGUCGAUUUGGUUAGAGGAUCCAUCGAUUCUUUCAUGGCUUGAAAGGGUCACAAGAGCCACUGUGUCAUCAUUCAAUACUUUCAAAGAAGAACUUGCGGAUUGGGAGAAACUGAGGAGAACAUGUUAUGUUGGAGUACCACGGAACAUCGAACGACAUGCAUACUUAUGGGAAGUAACGAGAAAUGCGGAAUGGAUUCUGUCAGAUCCCGCACCACCAUAUAAUGGACGAAUGAUGUAUACGAGAGUGGCGAGAACACCACGGCCUGAUUCCUUCCUCUCAGGAUUACUACAUUCUGUUUGGCCCAAUUACGAUCAGGCUCAACACUUGAAUGCAAGCAUUGAAGAAGUAUUAAACGUUUUACGUGGAAUGUUCGUUAGUGAAACGUCUGAUGCUGAUGGCAGAGACUUCGACGGUAGUAACCAGGAGGAACGCAAUCGGGAGGCUGUCAAUGAAGUAGACGAUGGAGAGGUAGAGGCAAGAGAGAUGGAGCAGGAGCACGGCGUAACUGAUGAUAAUGAUGGUGGCCAAACUGGUUCGGCUGGAGUGCGGUAA